AGCUCGUCCCGCUGUAUAGGACUUCCGGGUUUCUUCACGCCUCUGCCCUAUUACCCCCCAUCUACUACGGAAGCUGAGCGGGUUCUGUGCAGCCAUGGCGGCUCACUUGAAGAAGCGGGUGUAUGAGGAAUUCACUAAAGUGGUUCAGCAACAGCAGGAGGAAACUGCUACUAAGAAACUCCGCCUGACAAAACCAAGCAAAUCUGCAGCUCUUCACAUAGAUCUGUGUAAAGCCACUUCCUCAGCAGAUGCUCUGCAGUACCUACUACAGUUUGCCAGGAAGCCUGUUGAGGCAGAAAGUGUGGAAGGAGUAGUGCGAAUUCUUUUGGAACAUUAUUAUAAGGAGAAUGAUCCAUCUGUGAGAUUGAAAAUUGCAUCAUUGUUGGGUUUAUUAUCAAAGACUGCAGGAUUUUCACCAGACUGCAUUAUGGACGAUGCUAUUAACAUCCUACAGAAUGAAAAAUCUCAUCAAGUCCUUGCUCAGCUAUUGGAUACUUUACUUGCAAUUGGCUCCAAACUCUCAGAGAAUCAAGUUAUCCAGAUGCGCUUAGUUGAUGUAGCCUGCAAGAAAGUUCCCUUUCUCUUUGUCUUUCAUAAAUUUAACAUAUUUGGAGGAAAGGCCAUUCAUUUUAUAGGGCAUUUAGCCCGCUUUUAUCUUCAGGUUAUGCAUUCUUGGCAGAAAUACUACGCCUGUAAAUUGCUCUCUGAUGACUAUGAGCAAGUACGCAGUGCCACAGUCCAGCUCAUCUGGGUUGUCAGUCAACUCUACCCUGAAAGCAUUGUCCCAAUUCCUUCUUCUAAUGAAGAAAUUCGCUUAGUUGAUGAUGCGUUUGGGAAAAUUUGUCACAUGGUCAGUGAUGGCUCCUGGGUGGUUCGAGUUCAGGCUGCAAAGCUAUUGGGCUCAAUGGAGCAAGUCAGUUCUCAUUUUUUGGAGCAGACUUUGGACAAGAAGCUGAUGUCAGAUCUGAGGAGGAAACGCACUGCACAUGAGCGUGCCAAGGAGCUUUACAGUUCAGGAGAAUUUUCCAGUGGCAGGAAGUGGGGAGAUGAUGCUCCCAAAGAAGAAGUAGAUACAGGGGCUGUGAACUUGAUCGAGUCAGGAGCUUGUGGAGCCUUUGUUCAUGGGUUGGAAGAUGAGAUGUAUGAGGUUCGCAUUGCUGCUGUGGAGGCUCUCUGUAUGCUGGCCCAGUCUUCACCUGCUUUUGCAGAGAAGUGCCUCGAUUUCCUGGUUGACAUGUUUAAUGAUGAAAUUGAAGAAGUGCGCCUACAGUCCAUACAUACUAUGAGAAAAAUCUCUAAUAAUAUCACUCUUCGAGAGGAUCAGCUUGAUACUGUCCUGGCUGUCUUGGAGGAUUCAUCUAGAGACAUUAGAGAAGCUCUUCACGAACUCUUAUGCUGUACUAAUGUUUCAACCAAAGAAGGGAUUCAUCUUGCACUGGUGGAGCUGCUGAAAAACUUAUCCAAGUACCCUACCGAUAGGGACUCCAUAUGGAAAUGCUUGAAGUUUCUGGGAAGUCGACAUCCAACACUGGUACUACCUCUGGUGCCAGAGCUCCUGAGCACACAUCCAUAUUUUGACACAGCUGAACCAGAUAUGGAUGAUCCAGCUUACAUAGCAGUUUUGGUCCUGAUUUUCAAUGCUGCUAAAACCUGUCCAACAAUGCCAGCAUUGUUCUCAGAUCAUACCUUCAGGCACUAUGCCUACCUCAGAGACAGCCUUUCUCAUCUUGUUCCUGCCUUGAGGUUACCAGGUAGAAAACUGGUGUCACCAGCUGUUUCUCCCAAUAUCAUGCCUCAUGAAGACCCUUCCCAUCAGUUCCUGCAACAGAGCCUUGAAAGGGUAUACAGCCUGCAGCACCUGGACCCUCAGGGAACUCAGGAGCUGCUAGAAUUCACCAUCAGAGAUCUGCAAAGACUUGGAGAACUUCAGUCUGAGUUGGCAGGGGUAGCUGACUUCUCUGCUACUUAUCUUCGCUGUCAGCUUCUUCUCAUCAAGGCCUUGCAGGAAAAGCUCUGGAAUGUGGCUGCCCCUUUGUAUUUGAAGCAAAGUGAUUUGGCCUCAGCAGCAGCAAAGCAGAUCAUGGAGGAGACCUACAAAAUGGAGUUCAUGUAUAGUGGUGUGGAAAAUAAGCAGGUGGUGAUUAUACAUCACAUGAGACUUCAGGCCAAAGCCUUACAACUGAUAGUAACAGCCCGAACCACUCGAGGAGUUGACCCCUUAUUUGGAAUGUGUGAUAAAUUUUUACAGGAAGUAGACUUUUUUCAGAGGUGUUUUGUUGCUGAUUUGCCCCACCUGCAGGACAGUUUUGUGGACAAACUUCUCGACCUUAUGCCCCGACUCAUGACUUCCAAACCUGUAGAAGUGGUCAAAAUUCUCCAAACCAUGCUGCGGCAGAGUACAUUCCUGCACCUCCCCCUUCCAGAGCAGAUCCACAAAGCCUCAGCUACCAUCAUCGAGCCAGCAGGAGAGUCAGACAACCCUCUGCGGUUCACCUCUGGAUUGGUGGUGGCCCUGGAUGUGGAUGCCACCCUAGAGCAUGUGCAGGAUCCUCAGAGCACCGUCAAAGUCCAGGUCUUGUAUCCAGAUGGCCAGGCUCAGAUGAUCCAUCCCAAACCAGCGGACUUCCGGAAUCCAGGCCCUGGUCGUCACCGGCUUAUCACUCAGGUGUACCUCUCCCACACUGCCUGGACAGAACCAUGCCAAGUGGAAGUAAGGUUGCUACUGGCCUACAACUCCAAUUCACGCAUUCCAAAAUCCUCCUGGAUUGACAGUGGUGAGGUAUCACCCCAAGCAGAAACCAACAUUGAGGGCACCAUCCCCUUCAGCAAGUCUGUAAAGGUUUACAUAAUGCCCAAACCUGCAAGGCGCUGAGUCAUGAGCCAUCUUUAUGAUCUUGACCUAAUAGGGCCCUCUUAGGUAUCACAGCGAGAUGCCUCGAGCAUUUCUUUAGGCUAUGGCAUACACACAUAAGGAAGAACACUUAUCAUUGCAGUCACACCUGGUAUCAAAUUCAGGAUAGCUUAUUUUGUGUCACAAAACCUCCAAAUCUACUCAUCCUGCCCUCCACCAACAUCACCCCCAAUAAAGUUGAGAAAAUAUCA